AUCUAAGUGCCCUUGCUGGGGACAAGUAUCUCUUGCUCGUCUUGCGUUUCAUGAUCACUGAGGCAGUUUUGGGCUUGUGCCGUUGCACUUUGGGACUGGGCUGGCCAGGCGUUCCGGCUUGUAAUAUUGAGAGGAAGUUCGCACUACAAGAUCUACAAGAGCUUCUGCAAGACGGGGUAAGAAAGCGACAACUCCAGCUCGCGGUCCUAAAACGCGGAGAGGGCGAGCUGCUGCAGCUUCAUCAGGAGACUCAAGUUCGAGAUCACUCGGAGAACCCUUCUACCCCAGUGUCUAAAAUAAAACUUCAAUGGAGGUUGAUGAAAUGGAUCAACUAAAUGGAACAUCAAAUGAAAAUGGUAAUUCUGAUGCUGUUCCUGAGCUUGAUGAUGCACCCCCUCCACCAACAGUCAACAAUGUUCAGCCUUCUCCUAUUCGGACUGGUAUUAAACUGAAAAGUAACAGUAUAAGUGAAGAAGUGUCUGAAGAUCAGACUAAUACUGAACUUCCUGAAGAAAUGCAACCAACAACUGAAAUAUCUGAUUAUGUGAUUUCGGCUGCUGGUGAUGAGAGCAUGGAUGAACCAAGGCCAGCAGUUGACGAGGAAAGUGCAGAAAAUCAAGAGUCAAUUGAGAGAGAGACAGAACAAAAUAUUGCGCCUGCAGACACUUCAGAAGUUGAGAAUGGUGGUGUUGAAGGUGAUACAGAGGUGCCUGUGAAGAAGACAAGAGAGGCAUCCAAGCGGAAACUUCCAGUUGAUGGUGAAUAUGACCCAAGCUCCCCGACUUCCGAAAAUGAAAACGAAGAGAACCCUGCCAAAAAAGCUGCUCUCUCGGGUUCAUCUCCUAAGAAGGAUAAGGAAGCCAAGGCAAAGCUACUCCCAGAGCUUGAGAAAUACUGGAAGGCGGUGAAAGAUGACCCUGCUGACUUUACAGGAUGGACUUACCUACUGCAAUAUGUUGAUCAAGAGAAUGAUGUGGAAGCAGCUAGAGAAGCUUAUGAUGCCUUCUUGUCUAACUACCCAUACUGCUAUGGCUACUGGAGAAAGUUUGCUGACUAUGAGAAGAAGAAGGGAAACAAGGAUAAAUGUGAAGAGGUUUUCGAGCGCGGUCUUAAGGCCAUCCCGCUUAGUGUCGACCUCUGGAUCCACUACUUGAACUACUGCAAUACUGAGCAUGGCGCUGAUGAAGACUUCCUCAGAGGAGAGUACGAGAAAGCAUUGGAUGCUUGUGGCAUGGAGUUCAGAUCUGAUCGACUGUGGGAGAGUUAUAUUAAAUGGGAAACAGCAGCUGAACGAUUGCAGAAUGUGACAGCCCUGUAUGAUAGGCUCCUAGCUACUCCCACUCAGGCAUACACAACUCAUUUCGAAAGCUUUCAGGCACAUGUCAAUGCACAUCCACCAACUAAAGUUCUCUCCAUUGAUGAAUUCCUAAAAGUUCGUCAGGAAGUCUUGCAGCAGAAGAAGUCAUUUGAACAAACUGCAUCUGAUGAUGCUGCACCUCCUGGUGAAGAUUUAGAUGCUCCUCCAGGAGAAGAAUCGGAAGCAAUCAAAGCUGCUAAAAAUGAUGAGGAGACCACUGCAGUUAGGGAACGUAUCAUCUCAAUCCGAAAGAAAGUUCAUAGUCAGACUGUAGAUGCAGUAUCUGCUCGAUGGAACUAUGAAGAAGGGAUUAAAAGACCCUACUUCCAUGUUAAACCCCUGGAGAGAUGCCAACUGAAGAACUGGAAAGAAUAUUUGGAUUAUGAAAUUGAACAAGGCGAAGUCAAGAGAACAAUUGUUCUAUUUGAGCGUUGUCUGAUUGCAUGCGCAUUGUAUGAGGAAUUUUGGAUAAAGUUUGUGAAGUUCCUUCAAAGCAUAAAAGAAGGAGAUUGGACUGAUAAAAUCAGAGAUGUUCUCAGAAGAGCAUGCACAAUUCAUCACCCUAAAAAGCCUAGUUUGCAUCUGUUUUGGUCUGAAUUUGAAGAAUUGCAGGGCAAUUAUGAAAAAGCUUAUGAUGUUCUUUGCCAUAUCGAAAAACUUGUGCCAGGAAUGCUGCAAAUAGUCUAUAGAAGAAUCAACCUGGAAAGAAGACGAGGUAAUUUGCAUAAGGCUAGUGAAUUAUAUGAACACUACAUUACAAACUCGACGAACAAAAAUAUUGUUGUUAAUACUGCAAUUAAAUAUGCAAGAUUUUGUUGGAAGGUGGAAAAUGAUGUUGAAAAAGCCAUCAGUAUUUUAAAGAAGGCAUUGGAAGCUGAGAAGGAUUCUACUCGCCUGUAUCUUCAACUUGUCAGCAUGGAGAUGGAGCGUGUCCCCAUGAAUGAAACAGCCAUCAUUGAGAUUCUUGAUGAGUGCAUUUCACGCGAUAUUGACGCUGACCAGAAGAUUGCAUUUGCUCAGCGGAAACUGGAAUUUCUGGAAGACUUUGGAUCAGACAUCUUGAGCAUUCAAAAUGCUCACGAUGAGUUCCAAAAGAUAUUGAAACAGUGCAAAGGAAAGAAGAAAUCUGAUUCUGACAAAGGCUCUGCCAAUUUACCUGCUACAAAUUAUCCUCCUCCAAACUACCAAAAUGGAACUUAUGCACAGGCUGGUUACACCGGUACAGCUGCACCUUUCCCACCCACACAAGCUGGAGCCACUGCAACGACAGCUGCCACAGGAACUACAGCCACCGCUUCAACCUACAGCCAGUAUAGUCAGGCAUAUAAUCAAACUGGUGACUAUCAAAACUAUCAGAACUGGGGUUACUCUCAACCAGGAUAUAGUGGUUACAACCAGACUUGGGCUGGUUAUUACAAUUAUUGAUCAUAUUGUUAAAUGUCAUUCUUUCCUACUCUCGCACAUUAACUGCAUCUGACUUUUUUUUUUUUUUUAAACAUUACACACUUAAGGGCGGAAGUGUUUCAUCCAACGUUUAUUAUGUCGUCCAUUUUUUUACUUAUAGCUUAGUGCUGAGGUUAAUUUUUAGCUUUCAGUGUGACAAAAAUUUAUCCUCUUAAAAGGUCGCUUAAUUAUUUUUUAGCAGAAAAAAAAAAUAAAUCUUAAAAAAAGCAUUUCAGCAAUCUAGUUACUGAAGAGUUAAUACCUAGUCCUGAUUGACUUUGACAAUUUGAGUGGUAGUUUAAGGAAUUCCCACAUCAAUGUGAACUGUAAUGCUGGCAUUUCUCUUGCAAAAUAAAAUGAACUUGGAACCUUA